AUGUCGCGUACUGCGUGGUCAAAUUCUGGCAAAGGCGGCGGGAACUUGACUUCUGAUCGCCUUGCGCCCAAGAAGCCCAAGCCGCAAACUCAGCCUGCACAGAGCAAGGGCAAAGCAAAAGCUCCGCAAGAUCCUCCAAAGAGUGCAGCUGUGAAAAGGCUCGAGAGUAUACUCACCGGUCUGUCUGGCGCGAAGUCGCCUAACUCUCAACCUGGAUGCUACUGCCAGGCGCGAAAGCACGCUCUCAACAAGUAUACGCCAAUAUGCACGACUUGCGGUCUCAUCCUGUGUGCCUUGCAGCAGCCAUACACGCCUUGUCCUCAUUGUAGUUCAUCACUACUAUCGCCGAUGCAACGCGAUUCCAUGGUUGCCCAGGUGCAGUCCGAGCUUGAAGCACAGCUAGAGCUGGAAGAAUGCGAGCGUGUUCGCGCGCAAGAGGCGGUCCGUGCAGCACAGGGUGCUUUCCCGACACUCGGCGGUGCAACACCACCUACGACUAUCGUGACACCGAGCCCAGCAGCAUACGUCGUUCUGUCACUAGACUCAAAGACAAAAAGGACAACCGUCUCGACGUAUCAUUCACCGGCGCCUUCCCCGCCCACCGUCUCGCGUGCACCUUCGGCACCACCACCACCACCCGACGAUUGCGUACCUCCCCCUGCUAUCGAUUCAGUAACACACUUCCGCGGUGGACGUCAGCCAGCUACAGCAUGGGCGGACCUGAUAGGUGGAGAUGCGCCUGUGUACAUUCCGCCUGUGCAGGAUAAAGGCAAAGGUCGUGAGCAUGGAAAAGGACAGGCGUCAAGGCAAAAGUGA